CUUGGGCCUAUGUUAUUGCGACUCUAUCCAGCCCACCAAGCCCACAUUUCACACCAAUCCGUGGCAAAGCCCAUAUGAUGUGGGACUGGAAAGCCCAAAAACGUGGGCCAGCAGCAACAAACCCGGGCCCAAUUGAAAAGAAAUUGUCGUACCUAUCCAGGUGGACAUGUCCUCCUUUUUUAUCCCCAAACUUAAAAAAGUUGCAAUCGUAAUGGCAACCGACCUACCGCUGGCUGUAAUGUCUGCUUAGAGGUCCCUUUCUUAAACUCCACUGACACUCCGACGCUCCCCUUUCUGCAAUUCACGAAAUCGUUCCGCACCAGAGACCGCCAUGAAAACAUCCUCUUCAAAACCAAUCCCAAGCAGCGACGAGUUCCGACAAGACAUAGAUUGGGAGCUCCGACCGGGCGGAAUGAUUGUUCAAAAACGACACAUCGGGUCGGGUUCGGAUCGUUUCAUUACAAUCAAAAUCUCUCACGGUUCUUGCUAUCAUCUCCUCACCGUCGACGCCCAUUCCACAUUCGGGCAUUUGAAGAGGCUUCUCCGGCAGAAGACAGGGUUGGAGCCGAGAGAACAGAGAUUGUUGUUUAGAGGGAAGGAGAAGGAGAACGACGAGUGUUUGCACAUGGCGGGUGUUAACGACAUGUCGAAAGUGGUUUUGAUGGAGGAUCCGGCCAGUAAAGAGAGGAGGCUGGAAAUUAAUAAGAGGACUACGACCGCGGUCGGUCAUGCUCUGGCGGAGAUCACGGCGGAGGUCGACAAACUCUUCCAAAAGGUUGCGGCGGUGGAAGGAGCGGUUAUCGGCGGGAGAACGGUGGAGGAGAAAGAAGUAAAUGGAUUGAUAGAUAUGUUGAUGAUGCAAUUGUUGAAAUUGGAUGCAAUUGAGAUUGACGGAGAUGCCAAAUUACUGAGAACUCAGGUGGUUAGAGUACAGAAUUACGUGGAUAGACUCGACAACGUGAAGAAUAGAAGAAACUCAAAUGGGUUGAGAAUUGAAUGUGGAUUUGGCACUCUCGUUCCUCCAAUUACUUCUACAAAAAUAACUCAUGAUUGGGAACUCUUUGAUUACCUUCUGGGAAUGGCUCAACCCGCCGGAAUUCCGGCCAUCCUCCGCCCUCUACCGCCCUUGCCACGCUCUCGCUUGGGAAAACCCACCCCCACCACCGCCGGAGACAAGCUACACCUCUUCCAAUCAAAUGGAAAUGACAAAAUCUUCCUCUCCGGAGGGGAACCUACGCCGCCGCCGCCGCCGCCACUCAAUGAACACCGAUUGCAACUUCCCGAUUCUGACAAGGACGUCAACGUGGAAGCCCGGCGGCUGCGAAGGGUGAUGCAAAGCAGGCAAUAUUCACAAAAGUACCGUCUCAAACAGCUUCAUUAUAUUACACAGCUUGAAUCGGAACUCAAAGCCCUUCAAGCUGAAGUAACAAUUACCUCACCGAGGAUCAAAUUUAUGGACCGUCAAAAUUCACUGCUCCGAGCCGAAAAUUACUCCAUCAAAGAGAAAUUAUCCUCUUACGCCGGUGAACUUCUAUUCAAAGAAGCCCAAUACGAGGAACUGAAAAGGGAGAGAAACAUGUUGAAGGAGGUGUACGAAGCAUAUCAGUUAAAACGGCUGGAAACACUGAAAAACAGCAACAGCAGCCGCAAGAACAACAACAACAGCACAAGCGGUGGUGGUGGAGGAAGCUCUUUCCAAUUGGAAGAGAAUUGCCCAGAAAUGGCCGACAAAUCAAACCCAUUUAGGAUGCUGGAAAACUGA